AAGGAAAGGAGCCACAGCUGUCUGACUGUGUUUUAUGUGUUGGUGUUUACAGCUCACAAAGAGAGAAAAUGGCUCACCAAUCAGAAAAAGAUCUAUCCUGUUCUAUUUGCCUUGACAUUUUUAAAGAACCUGUCGUUCUGUCGUGUAGCCACAGCUUCUGUAAAGACUGUCUGAAGAACUGGUGGAGAACAAAGCAAACACGCAAGUGUCCAAUUUGUGAGCAAAUAUCCUUACAGAUUGAACCACCUGUUAGUUUGGUACUGAAGAACCUGUGUGAGGCAUUUUUACUGGAGAGAAAUCAGAGAGAUUCAGGGACUAUCUGCAGUCUGCACUCUGAGAAGCUCAAACUCUUCUGUCUGGACCAUCAGCAGCCAGUGUGUGUUGUUUGUCAAGAAUCCAAAAUGCACAACAACCACAGACUUAGACCCAUCAAUGAAGCUGCAAAGGAUCACAAAGAGGAGCUGCAGAAAUCCCUGAAGACCUUACAGGAGAAGCUGAAGCUGUUUGAACAAGUUAAAGGAAACUGUGAACAAACAACAGAACACAUUAAGGUCCAGGCCCGACACACAGAGAGGCUGAUUAAGAAGCAGUUUAAGAAGCUUCACCAGUUUCUACAAGAGGAAGAGGAGGCCAGGAUCUCUGCUCUGAGGGAUGAAGAGGGGCAGAAGAGUCAGGUGAUGAAGGAGAAGAUUGAGGCUCUGUGCAGAGAGAUAGCAGCUCUUUCAGACACAAUCAGAGCCACAGAGGAGGAGCUGAGAGCUGAAGACAUCUCAUUCCUGCAGAACUACAAGGCUGCAGUGGACAGAGUCCAGCAGCGCCCCCUGCUGGAUGAUCCACAGCUGAACUCAGGAGCUCUGAUAGAAAAGGCCAAACAUCUGGGCAACCUGACCUUCAACAUCUGGAACAAGAUGAAGGACAUGGUCUCCUACACUCCUGUGAUUCUGGAUCCAAACACUGCUCAUCCAGAACUCAUCCUGUCUGAAGAUCUGACCAGUGUGAGAUGUGGAGAAAAACAGCAGCUUCCUGACAAUCCAGAGAGGUUUGAUUCCCUUCACUCUAUUCUGGGCUCUGUGAGUUUUAACUCAGGAACUCAUAGCUGGGACGUUGAGGUUGGAGACAAUACUCACUGGAGAGUGGGUGUGGCAGCAGAGUCUCUCAAAAGGAAGGGAAAUAAAAACUCUGAAUUCUGGAGAAUAGGGUUCUAUAAAGGUGAAUACUCAGUACGCUCACUACCAGGAUUAUCCAUCAUUCUCCUUUUGGAGAAGAAGCCACAGAGGAUUAGAGUUCAUCUGGACUGGAACGAAAGAAAAGUGUCAUUCUUUGAUCCUGAUAAUAACACACACCUACACACCUUCACACACACUUUCUCAGAUCGGCUGUUUCCAUACAUUAACACUUGGAAUGAUGUGCCACUAAAGAUAAUACCAGUCCCGUCUCUGUAACAAUCUAACAGA